CUACUUCUGUGUCCAGUUGAGUAUCUAUCAAUAGAGAACAUGAAUUGGACUCCACUAUUGACUUUAGUUUUGGUUGGCCUUGUCGCCGGAGAAGGUGCAUGGAAGCAAAACCAAGAGUACAGAUACAAGUUGAAGACCAGAACUUUAACUGCAUUGCCAGAAUUGAACAACCAAUGGGUCGGUAUUGUUACCAAAGCCCGUUUGUACAUUCGUCCACAAUCCGACAAUCUUUUGAUCGGUAAAGUCGCUCAAGCCGAAUUUGCCGAAAUCCACCAACAACUUCCUCAAGGAUGGGACUCUGAUUUGGAUGACAAGCAAUUGGCCUACCGUAACUGGCCAUUGAGCGAGAAACCAUUUGAAAUUCAUUUGAAAAAUGGAGCCAUCCGCUCAUUGUCUGUCGACCGUACCAUGACCAACGAUGAAAUCAAUCAAUUGAAAGCCAUCGUCAGUCAAUUGCAAGUCGAUACCAAUGCCCAAAACGAAAUCAAGUGCAAACACAACCAAUUGCCAGAAAAAGACGGCAACAAUGCUGUUUACAAGACAAUGGAACCAACUGUUACUGGAAAGUGCGAAACCAUCUACGAUAUUUCACCUCUACCAGAAUAUUUGACUCAAUCCCACCGUGACUGGGUUCCUAUGCCACAAUUGAAAGGAACAGGUGAAUUCAUCGACAUCGUCAAGACCAACAACUACAGCAACUGUGAUGAACGUAUCGGUUACCACUUUGGAAUUACUGGCCAAAGCGACUUCAAACCAAACACCAACCAAAUGGGUGAAGCUUUGUCCCGUUCAGAAGUUAGCCGCAUCAUUGUCAGUGGAUCAUUGAAACAGUACACCAUCCAAUCGUCUGUAACAACCAACAAAGUUGCUGUCAGUCCAGCAUUGUACGAUGCUCAAGCAGCAAUGACUGUGGCUUACGUCAAUGUUACUUUGGACUCCAUUGAGGAAACAUCCACUCACCCACAAAUUCCAGCUGGUAACCUUUUGGAUAUCGGCAAUUUGGUCUAUACUUACAACUUGCCAUCUGAUUCGCAAAACCAUGCUCGUCCAAUGAACGACACAUCCGAUUCGUCAAGUUCAUCGAGCUCAUCCAGCAGCUCUUCUUCGUCAUCGUCCUCAUCGUCUUCGUCAUCGUCCGAAUUUGGUUCCAAAUCCGAUUCGUCUAGCAGCAGCGAGUCCAACGAUUCAUCAAGCGAUUCGUCCGACUCAAACUCAAACAGCUUAGAGAGCCAAAAGAACCAAAAGAGACAAGAGAAAUUGUACAAACAAAAUGAAAAGAAAUCUCGUUCACGACGAAGCAUCUUAGACAACGACAAGAACAAGAAACGCCAAGAACAAGCCCAAGCUCUCAACCAAGACGAUUCGUCUUCGUCGUCCAGCUCAUCCAGCUCAAGUUCUUCCAGUACCGAUUCUUUGUCCAACCCAGAUGAUUCCAGCUCAUCCUCUUCCUCAUCCUCAUCGUCGUCUUCUUCGUCUUCUUCGUCCAGCAGCAGUGACUAUUCAUCAGAUUCGUCUAGCUCAAGCUCCAGCUCAAGCUCUCAAUCAAUUGACAGCAGCGAAGAAUACUAUCAACCAAAACCAAACAUGAAAGACGCUCCAGAAACACCAUUGUUGCCAAUGUUCGUUGGUUACAAAGGAAACUCCAUUCAAAAUUACAAACAAAUCAACGUUGUUGUUGAAGCCGAAAAGAUGGCAAUGGAAAUCGGACAAGACCUUCAAAAUCCCAACAAAAUCGCCGCUUCAAACACUUUGGAGAAAUACGUCAUCUUGACUCGCUUGUUGCGCACAAUGAACGCUAAACAAUUCAAUGAAGUCUACCGUCAAUUGUAUGCACCAGAAGAAGAAACUGAUUUCUACAGCAGCAAGUCAAGUGUACGCAACGCAGCAUGGAAAGCAUUCAGAGAUGCUGCUGCCGAAGCUGGCACUCCAGCAUCUGCCAACCAAGUCAUGGAAUGGGUUGAAGAGAAGAAGGUUAAGGGAGAAGAAGCUGCACAACUUAUUGCCAAUAUGGGAAAAUCGAUCCGAUUCCCCACUGAACAAUUAAUGCAACGUUUCUUCCACUUUGCAACCAACGCUCAAGUCCAAAAGCAACAAAAUGUUAACACAACCGCUUUGAUCUCACUCACUGAAUUCUUGAACAACGCUCAAGUCAACAAUGAAUCCGCUUACAACUAUUAUCCAGUUCACAGCUUCGGACGUUUGGCUAACCGUCAUUACGAAAUCGUUACCAAGAAUGUCAUUCCAUACUUGGCCAAGGAACUCAAACAAGCAGUUAAAGAUGAAGACAGCCACAAAAUCCAAGUCUACGUACGCGCUUUGGGAAACCUCGGUCAUCCACAAAUUUUGGCCGUUUUCGAAACCUAUCUCGAAGGUAAAAUUCAAGUUACCCCAUUCCAACGCUUGGCUAUGGUUGUAGCUAUGGAUAAACUUGCCCAAAACAACCCACGAUUGGCUCGCUCGGUUCUCUUCAAAAUCUACCAAAACGUUGGUGAAGCUCAUCCAGUUCGUUGCGCUGCUGUAUUCCAAUUGAUGCGUGCUGCCCCAACCACUUUGAUCCUUCAACGUAUGGCUGAAUUCACAAACCAAGAUCCCAGCACACACGUAAACUCUGCUGUUAAAUCCGCCAUCAAGAGCGCUGCCCGUUUGACUCAACCCGAAAACCAAGAAUUGGCCAAGAAUGCUAUUGCUGCUGAAAAAUUCUUGAACGAAGAUGUUGAUGGUAUCCAAUACUCUCGCUCGUACUUACGCGAUUAUGCUGUUAAGGAAAUGAACUUGGCAUACAACCGACAAUUCGAUUACAUCGGUAGCGAAGACGAAAUCAUCCCCAGUGCCGUAUUUGUAGCUACAGAACGCAACAUUGGAGGAUUGAAACGCUUCUACGAAUACUACGCCAUGGUUUCAAGCAUCGACGAUUUAACUGACAUCUUGAACGAUAAAAUUGAUGACUCAAAACUCAACAACCAACCAGAACAUCCACGCAACACCAGAAAACACUGGACCAAGGAACAUGAGAAGCAACGUAACCAGAACACCAAAUGGUCGACUGAGAAAAUCGCUCAAAUGUUGAACAUCCAAACCGAUGAUGCUGAACAAUUAGAAGGACAAUUGAUGAUGAACAUCAUGAAUACUCGUCGCUUCUUCGCUUUCGAUAACCAAACCGUUGAACGUAUUCCAUCGUACGUGCAACAUGUUGCCGCCCAAUUGCAAAAGGGUCAACAAUUCAACAACACCAAAUUGUACAACGACGGUGCCGUCACCAUCAGCUUCCCACUUUCCACCGGUUUCCCAUUCGUCUUCACAUACAGAAAACCAACUUUGGUUCAAAUUGGUGGAGAAGUUCGUGCUCAAACCAACCCAUCGAUGGCUCGUGGAAACGAUGACGAAAUCGUUCUACCCAAAUCCGUAAACAUCACUGCCGAAAUCGAAAUGGUCUACUCAACAUUGGUCAUGGGUAAAGUUGGUUUCAUCACCCCAUUCAACCAUCAACGCUACACCGCCGGUUACGCUAAGAAGGCUCAAGUUUACUUGCCACUUCGCAUCUUAGCCGAUGUUGACCUUCGCAACAACCAAUUUGUUACCGAAAUUCAACCACUCCGUAUGAAGCAAAACCCAACUGUUUGGCACUUGAGCAACUGGCCCUACACAGCUCGCCAAGAUAUCCUUCAACUUCGCCCAGUCGCUGAAGCAAAGGAUCUUAAGCUUGUCCAUGUCCGUGCUCCACAAAACGUCGACCAAUAUUACGGUGAACACAGUACCGGUUUGGCCUUCCGUGUUCAAAUUCAACACGAAAAACGUUUUGCCGAUCUCGCAGCUCUCCUCCAACAAAUGAGACGUUUCGACUUCACCACCCUUCGCAUGUUCCCAAUGAAAUCGGUGUCAGCCGAACAAUAUGACAUCAAUGUUCAACUCGACGGUCAACGCUCUACAACAAAAUCGGCCAAGAUCACCGUCACUUAUGAUGAUGAUGUUGAAGAUAACGGUGCUGAACCAAGUGAUCCAAAACACCCACGUUCCCAAGAAGUUCAAAACAACCCCAUCAAUGCUGCCAAUCCAUCAUCAAAAUCGCCAAACAGCCAGAAGCGUCGUGAAGAAUUCCUUCGCAACGUUGCUGCCGGUAUCACACACAGUAAGGCUUACGUCGUUGAUAUUGCCGUUGAAUACUUCGGUAACAACCAACAAAACGCUGAAUACAUCGCUACCGUCGCCUUCGCUGACAGUCCAAUCCAUCCAAAGACUCGUUUGUUGUUCUUCGCCAGUGCCUUGAAUGCUAAACGCUCUGCUGUCCCACUCCAAAUUUGCAUGACCGCCAAUGGUAAAUGGCCAAACACUCCUGAAAUGAACUUCAAGAACGCUUUGGAAUAUGAUGCUACCUCGUACGUCGAAGUCAUUAUGGCCCAUGGUGUCGGCAAAUGCCAACAAGGAUCUGAAAUUAAAAUGGAAGCUAAAUUGAAACAAUCCGAAGAACGCAAGCAAUACCUUCGCAACCAUGCCGUUGCUAAGCAAUGUUACGAGCAAAUGAACCAAGGAGACUAUCAAUUGCCUGCUUGCCAAGAAGCAACCACUCAAGCCAACAAAUUGGAUCAAGUCCAAAUCAACAUUGACUACCAACACGUCCCAUCUCUCUUCGUUGACGCUACCCAAAAGUUGUACAACGUUGCUCGUCAUGUUGGAUACGAAUACAUGUGGGAAGACUACAAUAACUCUGGCAAACAAGGACGUGUCGAAAUUGACGCUCGUCUUGCCGUUGACUUGAAAUCUGCUAACGUUACCAUCCAAUCUCCAUUCGCCAAAUCUCGUUUCGAAAACAUUCGUUUGAACAAAAUGCAACAAACCACUUUCGCUGUUCAUCCAUCAAUGUCGCUAAUGGAACGCUGGGAAAAUCGCUAUUACCAAAACAGUGAUGUGUGCGUCGUCGACAAGAACCACAUGAACACCUUUGACAACAACACCAUGGAACAUUUCUUCGGUAAAUGCUGGCACGUAAUGAUGCAAACUGCCGAACAAAACCCAGCUGACCAAAACUCCCAAUCCGAUGAAAUCAAUGAAGACGAACAAGUUUCAAUUUUGAUCCGUCACAUUGACAACGACAAGAAGGAAUUGUUGAUCAUUUUGGGUCAAGAGGACGGUGGCGACUAUACUGUCAGAUUAUCUCCAGGACAAGAUGAAAACUCCACCCCACGCAUGUACGUCAACGAUUUGGAACAACACCCAACUGAGAAACGUGCUUACGAAAUCUACUCCAAGGAUGACCAAGAACAACCCAUAUUACGUGCUUAUGCUUUACCUAAAGGCGAACUUAAGGUCGAACUCCGUGACGAUACUUUGGAAUUGACAUACGAUGGCGCUCGCGUCAAAUUGCAAGCUGAUAGCUCAUACCGUAACAAUGUUCGUGGUAUUUGCGGAACUUACACUGGUGAAGAAGAAACCGAUAUGAAAUCCCCAAAGAACUGCAUUCUCCGUCGCCCACGUCACUUCAUUGCUUCAUGGGCCUUAGUCGAUGAAAAAUGUGAAGGACCAGCCAAGGACUUGAAGCGUGAAGCUAAUGAAGCCACAUGCUUAGAGGAAAAUAUUUUGUACGGAAACGUCAUCAGUGAAAGUGAAGCCGGACGCAAACGCGCUGCCAAACAAGCCAGCAAAUUGAUGACAUCCAGCUCAGACUCAUCUGACUCGUCUUCAUCCUCCUCCUCUUCGUCAUCGUCCUCGUCGUCCUCUUCGUCGUCGUCUUCGGAAGAAUCGGACGAACUUGAACGCAACAUGAACAAGAACAACAAAAUCUACAACAACAAGAACGAAUGCCGCACUCUCCAUCAAACCCAAUACGCUCGUGUAGCUGAAAAAAUCUGUUUCAGCACACGUCAACUUCCAAUUUGCUCUAAGGGAUGCAAGUCUGUUGGCAAAGCACCACGUAAAGUAGCUGCAUUUUGUGUGCACGAAAAGGAAGCCGCCGCUCAGUUGUACUUGAAGAACAUUCGACUAGGCGCCAAUCCACGCAUGGACCAAUACCCAGCUAACGCUGAAGUUUCGUUCAACUUGCCACAACAAUGUGUCUCAGUCAACUAAAAUUCGAAAACCCCAAAAAAUUAACUGGAAUGUCUCGGCAUACAACCAAUGACCAAAUUUAAUUUAUUUCUUUUUGUAUUUAAAUGUAGAUUAGCAAGCAAGCAAGACGGGAUGAGUUAAAUAAAACAAAUUUUCUUCAUUCUAAA